AUGACGAUGAAUAUCUUGAGUCUCCCGCCGGAGCUGGUGACGCGUAUCUUUGAUGAAUUUGCCAGCUCUGCUGAAGUAAAACGUGUCAUGAGACGCCGUGUUGUUAGUCACCAAUUCAAACGCUUCAUCGACGACGCCAUCUUCCGCCUUUGCCUUCUAGAUGGACACAAGAAUAGAAGUGAAGCCGUCAGCUACGUGGAUCGGUAUUUACCACAGCCCGAGGGCGACUUUAUUGCCGAUUAUUUCGCGUACCAGGCGUCAAUGGCAAAGGAGCCGACAUCAAUCAUCGGUCGCAUCUGGCGUGCGGCCGAGGUUGUGUCAGAAAGAGCUGGAGACGCGGGGAAGGAGUCUGCACACGCACGCUUGAAAUCCCUCUGCCUCCUCUCUCUGAAGGAUUUAUCCUUGGUGGAUAAAUUAUUCAAAGCCCGGCGCAGGUCACGCCCAACCGAAUGUUCGGCCGCAUCUCUGGCCGCAGAUGAUCGCGUUGCGGCUGUCUACCUGGGCGACGAGGCUUAUAUCCAGACGCUGGUCGCGCAGGGUGCCGAAUUCUAUGUGGUCGAUGUGAAGAGCGAUAUCUUUGGUUCUGCUUUUGAUGCCGCGGCUCUUACUGGCGACGUGCCCAUAAUCCGACUUCUGCUCUCAUCUAACCGUCAUUAUAACCCGCCGGGAUCUAUCAUGCCAUCUAAUCUUCAGCGUUGGAUCCUCAACCGAGCCUCUGAUGGUGGCUUUGCGAGUGCCUUCGACUUCGCUCUCGAUUGUGGGCCGUCUCUGGAUUUGGAAGCAGGUGAGAAGAGAGAGCUCUCGGGGCCUGGAUUUGACUGUCUCAAGAGGGCCAUCGCCAAAACGCCGAUUGUCGAGAACUAUAAACGAGGCGCGGGCAUGUUUCCGCCGGACAGCAAAGUCUUCGAUAAGAAGGGCUUUGGUGACCUAGAUUCGCGGCUGACCCGAUCAGCAGGCCUUGGGUUUGUGGACAAGAUGAACUACUUUCUCGGCCUUGGCGCUUCGCCCGACGGAGAAUGCGAAGAAGACCAUUCAAAUUUUAAGCCUCUUUCGUGGGGUAUCCCCAGCGGCAACCCUGAGGUUGUCAGGAUCCUUCUCGCACAUGGCGCCGACCCAAAUCGUUCCUCACCUGGUGGGACGCCACUGAUGAGGGCCGCACGUGGAUCUUCCAUCCCCAUUGCCAAGAUGCUGAUCGAGGCUGGUGCGCGAGUGAACGAAGGUUCACCGCCCCCAAUCGUCGUGGCUGUGUUUAUGGAGGACAUGGAGAUGUUCAACCUUUUGCGGCGUCACGGCGCGAGGCUGGACACACCUAAGACUAGCAACUAG